GUCCUUUUUACUAACGAUGCCCUGAUCUAAUUUAAAGUCGCGUUGACAAUGUUUUUGCUUUAGGUCAUUUUCAUAUUAAACUUUAGAACAAGACUGGUCGGAUGUUGCGAUCCACGAUUUGCUGCAUAAAAUCAACUUCCGGUCUCAGCCCUUCCACGGAACCACUGCGUCCUGCCGCACAACAAAAUCAGUCGCCCAUCUCAGCGCAGCCAAUCCUUCCCGAAGAGCCAAUAAACUCCGUUUUGUCUGCAGCUAAAACUGCAUUUCCUGAUCAUCUUCCAGAUAUAAUUGCCAGUGCCACAAUGAGUUCGCAGAAAUCGGAAGCUGACCUCAAGAAUGCUAAGGGCGAGAAGAAGUCCAUGACUGGUCUACCGAAAGAGCCGUGGCAGGAAGAUCAGCUGUACACCAUCGUGAUUUUCGGUGCAUCUGGAGACUUGGCCAAAAAGAAGAUUUACCCGACUUUAUGGGCUCUGUACCGGGAUGAAUUGCUUCCGAAAAAUACUUGGAUCAUCGGGUAUGCAAGGUCAAAGUUGUCUGUUGAAGAUCUGCAAAAGUCGUUUGAGGGAAAUUGCAAGCUCCAGUCCGGUGACAAGCAGAAGUUUGGCGAAUUUAUGAAGAGCAACUUAUAUAUCGCUGGAAGUUAUGAUCAGCCGGACGACUACCGGAAACUCCACAAAACUUUGGAAGAAAAGGAAACACAAUUCAAGCAAGGGAACCGCGCUUUCUAUCUGUCCCUUCCGCCGUUUGUGUUCGACACUGCCACUACGCACAUCCGCCACGACUGCUGGGGCACCCGAGGAUGGAAUCGUGUUGUGUUGGAGAAGCCGUUUGGACGCGACUUGGAGUCCUCCCGUAAGUUGGCUGACCACCUGAAGAAAUUGUACCGCGAAGAGGAGAUCUAUCGCAUUGAUCACUAUCUGGGCAAGGAAUUGGUGCAAAAUCUGAUUACGUUGAGAUUUGCCAAUCGCAUCUUUAGCCCGGCCUGGAAUAAUCAGAACAUCGCCCACGUUCAGAUUUCCUUCAAAGAGCCGAUUGGUACGCAAGGGCGUGGUGGUUAUUUUGAUGAGUACGGCAUUAUCCGGGAUAUUAUUCAGAACCAUUUAAUGCAAGUUUUUUGUCUGGCGGCGAUGGAGAAACCGGUUAGCCUGAACGCUGAAGACAUUCGUGAUGAGAAGGUGCGCGUGCUGCGUCGCAUCCAGCCAGUGAAACUGGAAGAUGCUGUGCUGGGGCAGUACGUAGCUGAUCCGGAAGGGAAAGGCGAAGCCAAAACUGGCUACUUGGACGAUGAAACUGUUCCAAAGGGUUCUGUUACUCCAACGUAUGCGGCGGUGUUGUUAAAAAUUGACAAUGAGCGGUGGGAAGGCGUUCCGUUCGUUCUGCGUGCAGGAAAAGCUCUAAAUGAGCGAAAAGCGGAAGUUCGUGUCCAGUUCAAAAAUCCAGACGGUGACAUUUUUGAGGACGGGGAAGUAAAACGUGAUGAACUGGUCAUGCGUAUUCAACCCAAUGAAGCCAUUUAUCUGAAGAUGAUGACCAAAACCCCAAACAGCAAUUUCGGCAUUGAAGAGACUGAAUUGGAUUUGACUUACAGCAAACGCUACGAAGGACUGGUGCUUGCCGAAGCUUAUCAACUGCUGUUCAUCGAAAUUUUACGUGGUCGUCAGAUGCAUUUCGUUCGCAAUGAUGAACUGGAAGAGACCUGGCGCAUUUUCACUCCUUUGUUGCAUCAGAUCGAGCGUGAAAAAAUUAAACCGACUGAGUACAAGUUCGGUUCUCGUGGGCCCCCGGAAGCGGAUAAACUUGCAGCCAAAAACAACUACGUUUACAGCGGAACAUAUGUAUGGCCCGGUGACAGCCCAAAGAAGUAAAACCCGUUUCCGCCUUUUCAGUCCUGUCUGAACGGGUUACAGAUACAAGGGCCGGUGUGUUGGGCAUAUAAGAAUUAUCGUUCUUUAUUGUUUAUAUUAAUCUUGCAGCUGGAUAUUGCAAUAAUUUAGGCUGAAUAUUUUGGUGGCUCUUUCAUAAGGUGAAGGGUGAAGUUUUAUCAGUUUUACUUAUGAUGAUGAGAAGUGUUUUAGAUAUUGGGCGGGAGGUGUUUAGUUUUUGGAAAAGAGUUAUUGGAAAAAUUUUGUGAUCACGGGAGUCUAAUCAUGAAAAUUAAAGCAUACAAUUAAUGA